UCUCUCUCUCUCUCUCUCUCUCUCUCUCUCUCUCUCUCUCUAUCUCUCUCUCUCUAGCGUGCACACAAAAUAAUGGACAAAAAACCAUGCGACUCAUCUCAUGAUCCAGAAGUGAGAAAGGGACCAUGGAUCAUGGAAGAAGACUUGAUCUUGAUAAACUAUAUUGCAAAUCACGGUGAAGGUGUUUGGAAUUCUUUAGCCAAAGCUUCUGGUCUUAAACGAACGGGAAAGAGUUGUCGACUCCGUUGGCUAAACUACCUUCGUCCUGAUGUUAGAAGAGGAAACAUUACACCUGAAGAACAGCUUUUGAUCAUAGAACUUCAUGCAAAGUGGGGCAAUAGGUGGUCCAAAAUUGCAAAGCAUCUUCCAGGAAGAACUGACAAUGAGAUUAAGAACUUCUGGAGAACUAGGAUCCAGAAGCACAUUAAGCAAGCUGAGACUUCACAACAACAUGGUAAUUCAUCAGAGAAUAGUAAUAAUGAUCAUCAAGCAAGCAAUAGCACUAGCAAGGUGUCCACCAUGGCACAUCCAAAUGAGACUUUCUCUCCACCCUCAUACCAAGCAACUUUUGAGCCAUUUCAACCUCAAUUCCCUACAAUCAAUGAUCAAUCAAGUUGUUGUACCAGCAACAACAACUAUUGGAGCAUCGAGGAUAUCUGGUCGUCUAUGCAAUUACUCAAUGGAGAUUAAUUAAAUCUAGCUAUAUGCAUGCUUAUAUAAAUCAUAUAUGUGAUGAUAUAUAAACCUAAGCUCUUAUAGAGUGUGUUCAGGCUUAAUAACAUCAUUAGGUCUGUUUAUAUGAGUAGUUUAAGUUUGGUGUUGUCAUGCAUAAUGUGAGUUAUAUGCAUUAUGUGAGUUAAGAAUUAACUUAGUUAUGGAUUGCCUAUAAAAAAAAGUUAGUUAUGAAUUGAAAUAUAUAGUAACUUAUAUACUACAUGUGCAUUCUCUUAUUGUCGUAAAUAAUAUGGUUGGUGUACCAUAUAA